CUCAAACGACACUGGAGUUUGUUGUCAGAAACGUCGACUUCUAGCCUUUGUAAGCAGCAGGUGAUAUAGCAAAAAAAUCAUCAAACGACACUGUUUUAUGAAAAAUAAUUAGCUAAUUAUAACUCGUCUGGGAACUUUGGAUGUACUGAAACAUUUUAAUGACCGACAGUUUGCUUAUCGUGCGUAUUGAAGCCAGGAAGAGCGCUAGGUAACGGUGUCUUAACGAUGUGGAUAAUGAGUUGGCCUUGGUAACCAAGCAGCUGACAAACCACCCAGUGAAUUUGUAAACAAUGCCUUGUGUUGCACAUCAAGUUAUUAUUAUUAUCUAUGUGUGCUGAACGUUACUGUAUUUGAGAACAGUUUGCUAGCUUACAAGGCAGUUGAGCUAGUUAUUUUAUGAGGGAGUUGUGCUUGUCCAUCACCUGAAGAUGACUUCCGCAUUGGAUGACCCAACCCUGGAGAGGCACUUCAAGGGCCACAGAGACACCAUAACAAGCGUUGACUUUAACUGUAACAUGAAACAAAUUGCGACCGGCUCCAUGGACUCCUGUCUCAUGAUCUGGAACUUGAAGCCCCAAAUGAGAGCCUAUCGGUUCGUGGGACAUAAAGACGCGGUGACGUCAGUCCAGUUCUCUCCCUCCGGACACCUGGUGGCCUCCGCUUCCAGGGACAAGACUGUCCGCCUCUGGGUGCCCAGUGUUAAGGGCGAGUCCACAGCAUUCCGAGCCCAUACCGGAACGGUACGUAGUGUCAGUUUCUCCGGUGAUGGACAGACCUUGGUCACCGCGUCCGACGACAAAACUCUCAAAGUCUGGACCGUUCACCGACAGAAGUUCCUUUUCUCUCUCAACCAACACAUCAACUGGGUCCGCUGUGCCAAGUUUUCACCAGACGGCAGGUUGAUAGUAUCGGCCAGUGACGACAAGAGCAUUAAGAUCUGGGACAAGACGAGUCAGGAGUGUAUCCACUCAUUCUAUGAACAUGGAGGGUGUGUGAACUAUGUCGACUUCCAUCCCAGUGGAACAUGCAUUGCUGCUGCUUGCACAGACAACACUGUCAAGGUCUGGGACAUCAGGACCAACAAAUUACUGCAGCAUUACCAAGUUCACAGUGGAGUAGUGAACGGUCUAUCCUUCCAUCCAUCUGGUAACUACCUGAUAACAGCCUCUAAUGACUCCACUAUGAAGAUACUGGACCUGCUGGAGGGACGGCUGCUCUACACACUGCACGGACACCAGGGCCCAGUCACAUGUGUCACGUUCUCCAGGACCGGAGACUACUUUGCCUCAGGAGGAUCUGAUGAACAGGUCAUGGUGUGGAAGACUAAUUUUAAAUCAACUGACUACGGAGAAGUUCUACAGCAGACGGAGACCUGCGUCGACCUUGGAGGAGGAGGAGGAGCAGCUGCAGGAGGAGGAGGAGGAGGAGGUACAGGAGGAGGAGCAGCUUUCCCUGGAGACUCCAGGAAGUCCUUGCUCCAUAGGCAGGAGUCGUCUGAGUCAGAGCUGUGUAACGGCCAGGGGCGGGGCUUACGUACGGAGGUGAGGAGUAGGAGUGGCAGCGUCACCCGGAGCCUGUCUUCCAGACCCACCCAGACCUCCAGGGCUCCCAGAGCCAGGCCCCCCACUGUCGAGCUGACACGCACCGAGCCUCCGCCCCAGACACAGACCCAGAGAGAAGGCAUGGUGCCUGCUGGUCUGGCCAGCACCCUAGAACACAUAGUGGCUCAACUAGAUGUUCUCACACAGACUGUGGCCAUCCUAGAACAGAGGCUGACUCUGACAGAGGACAAGCUGAAGGAGUGUAUUGACAACCAGCAUCAGAUCAACCUGCAACUCCACCGCAGGGAACCAGACCUCCAACCAAGGGAUUAACACCCAACUAGACCUCCACACCACCAGACCUCCACACCACCAGACCUCCACACCACCAGACCUCCACAACACCAGAUCUCCUCGACCGCCACACCACCAGACAAGACCUCCAGGCCAGGGACUGACACCAGAGACUAAUGCUAGCACCGACUCCCCUAGGCAGUGGAAAAGCCCAGGUGGCACCCAGACCACUGACUCCUCCAUAGAGGGGGAGGAAGAGAGAGUGCAUUCGGAAAGUAUUCAGACCCCUUGAUUUUUUUCCCCUCGUCGAUCUACACACAAUACCCCAUAAUGACAAUGCAGAAACAGGACUUUAGACAUUUUUGCAUUAAAAUGUAUUUAAAAAAAUAAAAAAACUGAAAUAUCACAUUUACAUAAGUAUUCUCUUCUCAAACACAAAAGGCUGCUGUUAAUUGGAACCACCCAUCCCGGAUUGUCAUCAACUACGCUAAAUAGCAUAGCGCAACGGUCAAAUCAUCUUAAUGAAUAUUAAUAUUCAUGAAAUCACAAGUGAAAUAUAGCGAAACA